UGAUAAAUUAAGAAGCAUUAUUAUUAUUCUUCGUAUAAUUUUUUUUUAUACAAGAUUAAAAUGGCCAAGAAUGUGAGUUUGGCUUCAAUGGAUCAAAAACUAGCUAUGGCUAAGCGCUGCUCUCAUGAAGGAGUAAUUGCAGGAGCAAAAGCAGCAGUUGUUGCCUCUGUUGCUACUGCCAUUCCAACAUUUGCUAUUGGGAAGAUGUUACCAUGGGCAAGAACCUAUCUAAAUCCAACUGCUAAAGCUCUUAUUGUCUCAACAGCUGCUGGAAUGGCAUAUUUUGUUGUAGCUGACAAAACUAUUCUCAAAACAGCAAGGCAAAACUCCUUCAAACAGGCCUAAUUAAGGCUCACAACUAAAUUAAUAAACUCUUUUAAGUAUUUUAGAAUAUAUGUAAUAAUUACUGUAAUUCCUAUUUAAGUAUUAUCAGAGAGAAUAGUGUACCAAAAAAAAAAAAAGGUAACUCUAUCUGUGUAUUAUUAACA